AUGGCUACCGAGUCGCGCGCCGCUGAGCUCAAGCAGCAGGGAGCUGUAGAAGCUGCGCGAGAUCCCAAUUCGGGCGUCUCUGCCCAGGCUGCAGAAAACACGCUGAUGGAUGAAGCUCGAAAGGGCGGCAGCGCUGCUUACCAGUUCGACCCAGAUGCCAGCCCCGAGGAAAAGCGGGCGCAGUUGAAGUCGCACGUUCCCAAGGGAUUCCAUCACGAGCGGAAAACGAACGCUACUGCCCUCGUUUCGGAUGCUAACGGCGGUAGUGGCCCAAAGUACGAUCUCCCCCCGGCUUCGAAAGCCGGCGCUAUUGCGGCUCCCGAGAGCCCAACCUCGGACAAAGCCAACGGCCACGCGCCCGAACUAGACGAAGUCAACGAGUGGGCAAGAGUUGGCUGGGCACCGCGAUUUGGCAUGCCAGGCUCAGAAGAACAGGAAGAUGAGGGCAGCCUGCUCGAUCAUCAGACCUGGUUGGAGGGCAAGCUGGAAGAUAAGUUCUACGGCGACUGGUACCACAACACAGGUGUCAUCAUAUUUGCCUGCUUCAGCUCCUGGGUCGUAGCAGUGCUCGGAGGAGGCCUAGGCUGGGUGUUCUGCAUCAUGGCCAUCUGCGCAACGUAUUAUCGCACCUCGAUUCGCCGCGUACGCCGCAACGCCCGAGACGAUCUGAAUCGCGAAAUGGCCAAGAGCAGGCUGGAAACUGACACUGAGAGUCUGGAAUGGAUCAACAGCUUCUUAGUCAAGUUUUGGCCCAUCUACGCGCCGGUCUUGUGCCAAUCCAUUGUCGCCUCAGUUGACCAGGUUCUGUCGACGUCCACGCCAUCAUUUCUCGAAAGCUUGCGGAUGAAGGAGUUCGUGCUUGGGACUAAGCCCCCACGGCUAGAGCAUGUGAAGACGUAUCCCAAGGCUCAGGAUGAUAUUGUGCUCAUGGACUGGAAGUUCAGCUUUACCCCAAACGACACAGCGGAUCUUACAGCAAGGCAGAUCAAGAACAAGAUCAAUCCCAAGGUCGUGCUCGAAGUCCGCGUGGGCAAGGGCGUGGUCAGCAAGGGGCUGGACGUUAUCGUCGAAGACAUGGCAUUCUCCGGCCUGAUGCGACUCAAGUUCAAGCUGCAACUGCCUUUCCCGCAUAUCGAGAGGGUUGAGAUGUCUUUCCUGGAGCGCCCGACCAUCGACUAUGUGUGCAAACCGUUGGGUGGUGAUACUUUUGGAUUCGACAUCAACUUCAUUCCUGGACUGGAGUCUUUCAUCAUGGAAAUGGUCCACGCCUCUCUCGGCCCCAUGAUGUACGACCCGAACGUAUUCCCUAUUGAAAUCGCCAAGAUGCUCGCAGGCAACCCGAUCGAUCAAGCUAUCGGCGUCCUCCAAAUUACCUUCCACGGAGCUCAAGGCCUCAAGAAUCCCGAUAAAUUCUCAGGAACCCCAGACCCAUACGCGGUGGUUUCCAUCAAUAACCGGAACGAGCUUGCUCGAACGAAGACUGUGCACGAGAACGCGAAUCCACGGUGGAGCGAGACUGUUAACAUCAUUAUCACUUCUUUGAAGGAUGCUUUGACGAUAACCCUCUACGACUUCAACGAAUACCGCAAGGACAAGGAGCUGGGAACGGCUACCUUUGCUCUGGAGCAACUGGAAACGGACGAUGAGCACGAGAAUAUGCACCUCGAGGUCAUGUCUGGUGGCCGGCCGCGCGGCGUCCUUCAAGCCGAUGUCCGAUUCUUCCCGGUCCUCGAAGGGGAAACGUUAGAAGACGGCACGAAAGAGCCUCCUCCGGAGUCUCGAACGGGUAUUGCCAAGUUCACCGUGGAGCAGGCCAAGGACCUCGAUGGCUCGAAGAGCAUGAUCGGGACACUAAGUCCUUACGCCGUGCUGCUGCUGAAUCAACGGGAAGUACACAAGUCGCGAGUCAUGAAGAGAACGAACCAGCCGAUCUGGCCCGAUGCAACUAAAGAGCUAUUAAUCACGGACCGUAAGAAGGCCAAGCUCGGAGUGGUAAUCAAGGACGAUCGUGAUCUUGCCUCGGAUCCAAUCGUAGGCUCAUACCAGAUCACCCUGGACGAUAUGCUAGAAAUGAUGGCCAAAGGCCAGGAAUGGUACAAUCUGAGCGGUGCCAAAACUGGCAGAGCGAAGAUGAAGCUUGAGUGGAAGCCGGUCGAACUCAAGGGUGCCGUGGCUGGCGCUGGUGGCUAUCUUACACCUAUUGGUGUUAUGCGGCUGCACUUCCAGAAUGCUCGCGAACUUCGUAACGUGGAGACUAUGGGCAAAUCCGAUCCAUACGUCCGAGUCCUGCUGUCCGGCGUGGAGAAGGGACGGACGGUCACCUUCAAGAACAACCUGAAUCCGGAUUGGGACGAGGUCAUCUACGUUCCGAUACAUACUACUCGCGAGAAGCUGACCCUCGAGGUUAUGGACGAGGAGCAUCUUGGCAAAGAUCGAUCGCUGGGCCAUAUCGAGCUUUCCGCCUCUGACUACGUCCGACAGGAUGAUAACGGCGAAUAUCUUGUUAACGAGCAGAAAGAGGUACGGGCUGAAGGGCUGAGGCUAGGAGCACGUGCUCAGCCGAAGGGUGUGCUCAACUACACUUGCUCAUUCUAUCCGACAUACUCUAUCUGGGAUCCGGAUGAUGACGAUAAGGAGAGCGAUGUCGAUGAGCUUUCGCGCAAAGGCUCGGUCAGGACCCAGGAGUCUGCUAACAACAAAGGACACAAGAAGAACGUCUCAAGCGUGUCCGGUAUCUCGCGUGCGGAAACUGCUGGCACUAUCUCCUCCCUUAGGACGGCGGAUACUUCACAUCAUGAAGGUAGCGAGCUUGAUCUCGCCAAGCAACUCGACAAGAACGAAGGCGAGCAGGAAGAAGCAGUUCCUCAGAAGAAGAAAAUUGAGAAACUGCAUCUGACUGCUGACGACCUUCAGCAGUAUGAAUCUGGCCUUAUCGUGUUCAAGCUUAUUGACGGAGAAUUCGCCGAAACGGGCGCCUACGUCGAUAUUAUCAUGGAUGACAUGGCCUUCCCCAGUUACUCGAGCGCAAAGAUCAAGAGCAAGAAUAUGACGUUCAAUGAAGUUGGUGAUGCCAUGGUCCGCGAGCUCGACUUCUCGAAGAUCACACUACGGAUCAUCGAGCAUAUCGACAAGAAGGGCGAGGGUGAUGAGGACCAUGUCAUUGCUAAGCUAACAGGCGCCACCCUCGACACUCUCCGUCGAUGCUUGUACACACCCACCCAGCUGACCCUGAAGGAUAACCAUGGGCGCGACAACAAGAUCACUGUCAGCCUCAAAUAUCUCCCUGUCAAGAUGCAACUCGACGCUAGUGAGUCCUUCAACAACCAGGGCCAACUCCGCGUCGAGGUUCUCGACGCCGCUGAUCUGCCCGCGGCCGACCGCAACGGCUUCUCCGACCCAUACUGCAAGUUCAUCCUCAAUGACAAGGAAGUGUACAAGACGAAGACCCAGAAGAAGACUCUACAUCCGGCAUGGAAUGAGUUCUUCGAGGUCCCGAUCCGGAGCCGAACCGCUGCAGAGUUUGAAGUCAAGGUGUAUGACUGGGACUUUGGCGACAAGGCUGACUUCCUUGGCAAAGCUGCCAUCAACCUCGAGAUACUGGAGCCUUUCCAGCAGCAGGAGGUUACUCUUGGUCUGGAUGGCAAGUCUGGAGCUAUUCGAUUGAAGAUGCUCUUCAAACCAGACUAUGUCAUGCGAGCUCGUCAGGGGUCAAGCACCUUUUCAGGAACGUUCGCCGUGCCUGGAAAAGUCAUCGGUGCGCCCGUAAAAGGCGUCGGUAAAGGCGCUGUCUUGGUCGGAGGUGGUGUUGUCCGCGCAGGAACGUUCCUCGGCCGCGGCUUCAAGCGAAGGAAGUCUCGUGGCGCCAACGGAGCGGAAGAUUUCGAACGCGCCGGCUCACCCAAUGGCACCCCGGAAGAUACACCGGCCAUUUCGGUCGAAGGCGACGGCUCCAUGACGCCCUCAAACCACAACAGGCACAAGAGCUGGGGCGCGCAGAGCUUCGCUAGCGGCGUUGGCGGCGGGUCCGGCGGUGCCGAUCAAGGCACCGCAAAUAUCACCAUCGUCAGCGCCGCCGGGUUCCCACUCGGCACCAACGUACGCGUGCACGUACGCCAAGAGGGUUCCAAAGGCAGCAAAGAAGUGCACAAGACGGACCACAUCAAAGCGCCCGCCGGCUCUGUCUCCUUCGAGGACGAGUCAUUCAAGGUACCCUGCGCCGCAGAUACGCCUUUCAAGCUCAUCGUCAAGGACCAUUCUACCUUUGGGCGCGACGAGGAGCUCGGCGAAAUGCAGUUCUUUGUCGAUGACCAGGGGAGUGGCAGCGAGAAGAGCGUACUCGUCGGCAAGGGCAUGGUUAUCGUGAAGACGAGUUUUACGCCGGCGGAUGCGGGGAGUGGGUUGAAUAGUCCCAAGUUGAAGAAGGGCUUGUUAGCUAGGGGACGGGAGAGCAGGAGCGUGACGCCGGCUUAG